AUGGAAGACGGGACCCAGCAAUCUGGUCCAGGCGGUAUCAUCAGCGUGCGGGGGCCCCAGCCAGAAGGCGUUAUAGUGGAUGGCCCCCACAAGAAUAGCGUCACUUUCCCCACCAAUACAGAGCAACGCUCCGAGCAUCUUCAACGCUUUGAGCGUUUGACAGCUCGAUCUCAGUGGCGUUUAAGUCCGCCUGAGCUAUUUUCGCUCCUCAUGGGCGUUCUUAAGUUCCAAUUUGAUAUUCUAGAUCGCCAUGCUACUGGUCAGGUUCAGAUUGAAUUUGAUAUCGAAGACCCUUUCGGAGGGAUUGGGCUUGUUCAACGCCAAGCUUGA